AUGUCCAACCCUUGGAGUGCAGGUUGGGUUCAAUUCCCACAACCCUCAAGUGUCCAUAGCCUCUCCCAGAUAACCAGAAGCCUGUAUAUAAGUAAUGCUGUGACAGCUAAUAGCAGAUUCAUGUUGUCCAGCUACCACAUCACUACGGUCAUCAGUGUUUCAGUGGAAACACUGUUUCAAAGUAGCAUCCAAUACCUAAAGGUACCGGUGGCCGACUCUCCCAGCGCGCACCUCUACGAUUUUUUUGAUCCCAUAGCUGAUUGAAUCCACAGCGUGAAUAUGAAGCAGGGCCGAGCACUGCUGCACUGUGUUGCUGGUGUGAGCCGCUCUGCCACUCUCUGUAUCGCCUUUCUCAUGAAGUACCGUCACAUGUCACUGCUGAAUGCUCAGAAAUGGACCAAGUUAUGCCGCCCCAUCAUUCGACCCAACAAUGGCUUUUGGGAACAACUUAUAGAUUAUGAAUACAAGCUAUUUACCAAAAACACAGUACGAAUGAUCAAUUCUCCAGUGGGUAGGAUCCCAGACAUCUACCAAAAGGAACUCCAUUUGAUGAUGCCAGAAGAUAAAACGCAGGCAGCAAGAAAACUUGGCCCCAAAGUGCCGCCAACAGACCUUCGGCGGUGGGGAGCCUCAGACCCAGUGGGCGACUCUUCCUUCCGUCAGGACGGGGAAGCCUUUCCCCCUUCACUUUCGGCGCGAAUGACGUGCCCAAAGCGUGUGCCUUCUGCGGAGGGCGGAGGUCAGAGGCCCAGAUCCGAGACCCUAACCAGGACCUGGGGAACCCGGGACUCUCGGAGCGCGGGGCUCCUAAAACCGCGGGCUGGGCCCACCUCUGAGCUCCCCGGCAAAAGCGUCAGUGGCGUCCACGCUCACAGCUCGCGCCUGCUACGGGCGGUGCCGGACGUCGCCUUUCCUCCCCGCUCCCCUCCCCCUCCCAAACCCGCCGCAACUCCCUAG